ACGACCCACGAGCCCACAUGGGGUUUCGAACCCAGAAAUCUCUCUCUCUCUCUCUCAUUUUUUUCCUAUAAAAACACCAUCACAUCUCUCGAUCAACAACUCACUUUUCUCACUCUCCAAACCAAACACAAUACUCUUCUUCUUCUUCUUCUUCUUCUAACUAUGGCUUCCUCUUAUCAUUACCUUGUCAUCUUCGCUCUCUUUUUGGUGUCGUUUUCCUCUGUUUCAACCUCAAACGACAUGUCGUCCAGCAGCUCCCGAAGUGAGUCCGAGUUAAGGGAGAUGUACACGAGGUGGGUAGUUGAGAACCAGAGAAGCUACAACGCCCUGGGCGAGGAGGAGAAGAGGUUUGAGAUCUUCAAAGAUAAUCUCCGCUUCAUCGACCACCACAACGCCCAGAAAAACCGGACCUAUAAGGUCGGGUUGAACCGCUUCGCUGACCUCACCAACGACGAGUAUCGGGUCGGGUUUUUGGGUACCCGGACUGAUGCUAAACGACGUGUUAUGAAGGCCAAAAACGCAAGUCGUAGAUACGCUUUUGCUGCCCAUGAAAACUUGCCUCACUCUGUUGAUUGGAGGCAAAACGGCGCCGUUAACACCGUUAAGAAUCAAGGAAGUUGCGGAAGUUGCUGGGCGUUUUCAACGGUGGCUGCAGUGGAAGGCAUAAACAAGAUAGUGACCGGAGAACUGGUGUCCUUAUCGGAACAAGAGCUGGUUGACUGUGACAGAGCUUACAACUCCGGUUGCAAUGGGGGUCUCAUGGACUACGCCUUUGAGUUCAUCAUCCAAAAUGGUGGAAUCACCUCUGAAGAUGACUACCCUUAUGCUGGUGUCAAUGGCCGCUGCGACGUUGCUCGGGCUAACAAGAAGGUUGUUUCCAUUAAUGGGUAUGAGGAUGUUCCUACCUUGGAUGAGAAGGCACUGAAGAAAGCUGUAGCUCAUCAACCUGUUAGUGUUGCCAUUGAAGCUGGUGGCAGGGCUCUGCAGCUAUACCAAUCUGGUGUUUUCACUGGUGAAUGUGGUACACAAUUGGAUCAUGGUGUGGCUGUUGUCGGGUAUGGCAGAGAGAAUGGCGUGGAUUACUGGCUCGUGAGGAAUUCGUGGGGCACCAACUGGGGCGAGGAGGGGUAUUUCAAGUUAGAGCGUAACCUGGUUGGUUCAAACAAUGGUAAGUGCGGAAUUGCAAUGGAGGCUUCUUACCCUGUUAAGAGUGAGGGCGAUGAUGCUCCGAUCGAGCCUUACUUGGCUCGUGAAGUUGCUGCUGCUGUGAUGGUAGCUUCUGCUUAAGUAAACCAUCUUUCGUUUCGGGGAACAGAGAAGACUCAAGUAUGGUGGCAAAGAUGCAUAGAAGUUGCCCCUUUUGGUUGUUCUAGUACAAGUACCCCUUUGUUCUUUGUAGGUCUAAGAGUCACACCAGAAGAAUGGCUGAUCUUUUGGUGCCUUAUUUGGAAUCACUUUGUGUAUAUAUAGAUUUUAAUAUUUGUAUAACUGCAACACAGAAGAAAGUUGUCAUUUGUUGCAGCUCAUUAUCAUUAUUGUUGAAAUUUUAGCCUGAUUUCAUCAGGGAAAUCUAUGCAAUUACUUAUGUUAUUUAUUA